CCUCGCUCCCCUCCCCCAAACCACAGCCCGAGCUCGCUCCUGCGCGCGCGCUCUCCCGGGCCCAAGUGAAUAGUCCUCGCGCGAGCGGGACUCGGUGGUGGAUGCAAUUCCGCUCGCCUACAGCCGUCAGGAGGUCCCUGGCGUCGCAGGCAGCGUCCUCUUCCGAAGCAGCUGCGCCUGCACCUGGGCAGCCUGGACCUUCGUGCCCUGCCCCCGGGGCCUCGCGCGGGGGGCGCCCCUGGUCACCCCCUGUGGGCCGGGUGGAGGAGGAAGAGGAGGAGGAAGAAGACGUGGACUGGGACCCCUACCCUACGCAGAACACCUGGCUGCGCUGCUGCCACUUCUCUUUAAGGGGGAGGAGAAGAGAGCCGAGGAGAGCCAUGGGGGGCUGCGAAGUCCGGGAAUUUCUUUUGCAGUUUGGUUUCUUCUUGCCUCUGCUGACAGCUUGGCCGGGCGACUGCAGUCACGUCUCCAACAACCAAGUUGUGUUGCUUGAUACAACAACUGUGCUGGGAGAGCUGGGAUGGAAAACAUAUCCAUUAAAUGGGUGGGAUGCCAUCACUGAAAUGGAUGAACACAAUAGGCCCAUUCACACGUACCAGGUAUGCAAUGUGAUGGAACCAAACCAAAACAACUGGCUUCGUACAAACUGGAUCUCCCGUGAUGCAGCUCAGAAAAUUUAUGUGGAAAUGAAGUUCACACUGAGGGAUUGUAACAGCAUCCCAUGGGUCUUGGGGACUUGCAAAGAAACAUUUAAUCUGUAUUAUGUGGAAUCAGAUGAGUCCCAUGGAAUUAAAUUCAAGCCAAGCCAGUAUACAAAAAUUGACACAAUUGCUGCUGAUGAAAGCUUUACCCAGAUGGAUCUGGGUGAUCGCAUCCUCAAACUCAACACCGAAAUUCGUGAGGUGGGGCCUAUAGAAAGGAAAGGAUUUUAUCUGGCUUUUCAAGACAUCGGGGCUUGCAUUGCCCUAGUUUCGGUCCGUGUUUUCUACAAAAAAUGCCCCUUCACUGUCCGUAACCUGGCCAUGUUUCCUGACACCAUCCCAAGGGUUGAUUCUUCCUCCUUGGUUGAAGUAAGGGGCUCUUGUGUGAAGAGUGCAGAAGAGCGUGACACUCCUAAACUGUAUUGUGGAGCUGACGGAGAUUGGCUAGUUCCUCUUGGGAGGUGUAUCUGCAGUACAGGAUAUGAAGAAAUCGAAGGUUCUUGCCACGCUUGCAGACCAGGAUUCUAUAAAGCAUUUGCUGGCAACACAAAGUGUUCUAAAUGUCCUCCACACAGUCUAACCCACAUGGAAGCAACUUCUGUCUGUCAGUGUGAAAAGGGUUACUAUCGAGCUGAGAAAGACCCACCUUCCAUGGCAUGUACCAGGCCACCUUCAGCUCCCAGAAAUGUGGCUUUUAACAUCAAUGAAACAGCCCUUAUUUUGGAAUGGAGCCCACCAAGUGACACAGGAGGGAGAAAAGAUCUCACAUACAGUGUAAUCUGUAAGAAAUGUGGCUUAGACACCAGCCAGUGUGAGGACUGUGGUGGAGGACUCCGCUUCAUCCCAAGACAUACUGGCCUGAUCAACAAUUCCGUGGUGGUACUUGACUUUGUGUCUCACGUGAAUUACACUUUUGAAAUAGAAGCCAUGAAUGGAGUCUCUGAGUUGAGCUUUUCUCCCAAGUCAUUCACAGCUAUUACAGUGACCACAGAUCAAGACGCACCUUCCCUGAUAGGUAUGGUAAGGAAGGACUGGGCAUCUCAAAAUAGCAUUGCCCUAUCAUGGCAAGCACCUGCUUUUUCCAAUGGAGCCAUACUGGACUACGAGAUCAAGUACUAUGAGAAAGUCUACCCACGGAUAGCGCCGGCAUUUUGGCACUACCUGCGGGUAGAAGAGCACGAGCAGCUCACCUAUUCCUCCACGAGGUCCAAGGCACCCAGUGUCAUCAUCACGGGUCUCAAGCCAGCCACAAAGUAUAUUUUUCACAUCCGGGUGAGGACUGCAACAGGAUACAGUAGCUACAGUCAGAAGUUUGAAUUUGAAACAGGAGAUGAAACUUCGGACAUGGCGGCAGAACAGGGGCAGAUUCUCGUGAUAGCCACCGCGGCUGUGGGAGGAUUCACUCUCCUCGUCAUUCUCACUUUGUUCUUCCUAAUCACUGGGAGGUGUCAAUGGUACAUAAAAGCCAAAAUGAAGUCAGAGGAGAAGAGAAGAAAGGACUUGCAGAAUGGGCAUUUACGCUUCCCAGGAAUUAAAACUUACAUAGAUCCUGAUACAUACGAAGACCCAUCCCUAGCAGUCCAUGAAUUUGCAAAGGAGAUUGAUCCCUCAAGGAUACGGAUUGAGAGAGUCAUUGGGGCAGGUGAAUUUGGAGAAGUCUGUAGUGGGCGUUUGAAGACACCAGGAAAAAGAGAGAUCCCAGUUGCCAUCAAAACUUUGAAAGGUGGCCAUGUGGAUCGGCAAAGAAGAGAUUUUCUAAGAGAAGCUAGUAUCAUGGGUCAGUUUGACCACCCAAAUAUCAUUCGUUUAGAAGGUGUUGUCACAAAAAGAUCCUUCCCGGCCAUUGGGGUGGAAACGUUUUGCCCCAGCUUCCUGAGGGCAGGGUUUUUAAAUAGCAUCCAGGCCCCGCAUCCAGUGCCAGGGGGAGGAUCUUUGCCCUCCAGGAUACCUGCUGGCAGACCAGUAAUGAUUGUGGUGGAAUACAUGGAGAAUGGAUCCCUAGACUCCUUUUUGCGGAAACAUGAUGGCCACUUCACAGUCAUCCAGUUGGUUGGGAUGCUCCGAGGCAUUGCAUCAGGAAUGAAGUAUCUUUCUGAUAUGGGUUAUGUUCACCGAGAUCUAGCAGCCAGGAAUAUACUGGUCAACAGCAACUUAGUAUGCAAAGUGUCUGACUUUGGUCUCUCCCGGGUGCUAGAAGAUGAUCCAGAAGCUGCUUAUACGACAACUGGUGGGAAAAUACCCAUAAGGUGGACAGCCCCAGAAGCCAUUGCCUACAGAAAAUUCUCCUCGGCAAGUGAUGCAUGGAGCUACGGCAUCGUCAUGUGGGAGGUCAUGUCCUAUGGAGAGAGACCUUACUGGGAAAUGUCUAACCAAGAUGUCAUUCUGUCCAUUGAAGAAGGUUACAGACUUCCAGCUCCCAUGGGCUGCCCGGCAUCUCUACACCAGCUGAUGCUCCAUUGCUGGCAGAAGGAGAGAAACCACAGACCAAAAUUUACUGACAUUGUCAGCUUCCUUGACAAACUGAUCCGCAAUCCCAGUGCCCUUCACACCUUGGUAGAGGACAUCCUUGUGGUUAACGGACUCCACAGCCAGUGCCCGUCCACGGAGCUCUCUGACUGUUCCAUGGCUGUAGAAGCAGGCAGAAUGCCAGAGUCCCCUGGCGAAGUUCCCGAAUAUCCUUUGUUUGUGACAGUUGGUGACUGGCUGGAUUCUAUAAAGAUGGGGCAAUAUAAGAAUAAUUUCAUGGCAGCAGGGUUUACGACUUUUGACCUGAUUUCAAGAAUGAGCAUCGAUGACAUUAGAAGAAUUGGAGUCAUACUCAUUGGACACCAGAGACGAAUAGUCAGCAGUAUACAGACUUUACGUUUACACAUGAUGCACAUACAGGAGAAAGGAUUUCAUGUAUGAACGUACUAUAAGCACCUGUGUUUUGUGCCUCAGCAUUUCUGAUAUCCUCUCUACCACCCUCUCUUCUGAUUCUCCAAACAUCACUUCACAAACUGCAGUCUCCUGUUCAGACUACGGGCACACACCUUUCGUUUAUGCUUCCAACCUGGAUUUUAAAAUCACUCUUCAUAGUUCUUCUCUGAAUAAGCUGCAAAUCAGACCCACUGCAGAUUAUCACUACACAAUGGUAAAUAACUCAGCAUGGAUGUGUAACUUUAUACAACAGUAUUUCAGAAGGGUUCAAGGACUUGACACAAAGGAAUUUGCCCAGUUGUGGCUUCCUUAAUGAUGUAUUUAGAGUCUGAUGGUAGAUGAAAAAGAAGUAAUUGACCUUUCUUUCUUUCAUGUUUUGUGAUCAAAUAGCAUUCAAAUUGACAUGGAUAUUUGUUUUUUAGAUAAUUAUAUUCAGCUCUGUGGGUCAUAGUGUUGCUUUAUUCUAUAAUUGUUUAACUGGUGAUGUCUGAUGUUGUCAGAAUUCUUUGCAGAAAGACCAACGAUCUCAUGUAGUGAAUUCUUAUCAGGUGUGACUAUGGUGAGACAAGAGUCAUCCAGGAGGGCGAGGGGAAACAUACUGUGUUUUUAAAUCUUCUAAGUCUUGAUUUGUCUUUUUUUUUUCUUUAAUUCUUUUUAUUGUGUCCCACAUAUUUCAGAGUAGGUGGUGGUUUAGAGGCUUUCUCUUCUAAUUUUUUUUUACUAGCUAUAAUAUACUUCUCUACUACCUUUCAAAAAUCACCCCUGGAAAGACCAAGAGUGAGUUUUUUGCUCUAAAGGCUUUCAUAGAGUGAAGCAUGGAAUAAAUCCAUGACUAUUCCCUUGGUUCAUCUUCACAAGUUUGCAAAAGUAAUUAUCAAAGCACUGAGGAAAUCAGUUAUUCUAGGUUGCUUUGAAUAAAAGAUCUCAGAUUAUAGCCUUAGAUUAAAUGUAAAAAUAAUAAUUAAUUUAAUUUAAGCAGAAUUUUAUGAUAGCUUUAUGGUAGCCCAAGAAAAUUGGCACAUCUAGCUAACUGUCUGAUAUUGGUGCAUUUUGCAAAUUUAAGAAUUUUUAUGUUUCACUCAUAAAAAUAAGUUACAUGAACAUGCUGAGCUGUUUUCCAAACCUUCCAAGAGACAGGUAUGCCAUUGCAUACACCAAAGAGGAUAUAAA